GCGAGAAGAAGUUGCCGAAAAAAUGCAAAGAUCGGGUCCUGUAUUUCGGGCCUGUUUCAGAGCUCAGGCUCUGUGCAGGUCGGUAAAAAUUGAUCCAUUAAAGGCUGCAACUGUUGGGAGUAUUCAUAGCUGUAGAGCAGCAUCAAGAUGGACUGGCAGAUAUCUUCAUCAACCACAGCACACAUGGAGGAUAAGAAAUCCAGUCCGGUUUUACUCCUCAGCAGAAGAUUUGCCAUCACAUUUCAAGAUAACUCUUCCAGCACUAUCACCAACCAUGGAGAUGGGGACUGUAGUCAGGUGGGAAAAACAGGAAGGUGACUCUUUGAGUGAGGGAGACUUAUUGUGUGAGAUUGAAACUGACAAAGCAACGAUGGGAUUCGAGACACCAGAAGAAGGUUUCUUAGCUAAGAUCUUUGUUCAAGAAGGAGCCAAGGACAUCCCUGUUGGAAGGCUCCUGUGCAUCAUAGCAGAGAAUGAAGGAGAUGUUGCAGCCUUCAAAGACUUUGAAGACAGCGGAGAAAUCAUCACAGCUGCUCCUGUUGAAGAAGACAUUAAACCUACUCCACCCCCACCUCCCCCUAAACCAUCACCAGUAGCUCCUCCCCCUCCAGCAGCCAAGCCUCAGGUACCCGUACCUCCACCUCUUCCGUCUACGCCCAGACCUUCUUCCCCAGGCCAGCGGGUGUUUGCUAGUCCUCUUGCUAAGAAGCUCGCUGCCGAAAAAGGGAUCAAUCUCAUGGAUGUAUCCGGGAGUGGUCCAGGUGGGCGUGUCCGUAGAGCUGAUAUAGAGUCCUUUACUCCGAUGGCUGUAAGUGUACCAACGUUAGCUGCAAUGCCUGGUGCUGCCUUUACAGACGUACCAGUAGGAGAACUAAGACAGUUCAUAGCAAACAGAGUAACUCAAUCAAAGCAGACGAUCCCUCACUACUUUCUGACAGUGGAAGUCAACGUUGAACAUCUGCUCAGGUUGACCUCUGACCUGAAUGAGACUGUAUCGGCUGAUGGUAUUGAGCUGACUCUAAAUGAUUUUGUAGUUAAAGCUACAGCCUUAGCAAGUUUGAAAGUCCCUGAAGCUAACUCAUCAUGGAUGGAGGAUAGAAUAAGACAAUUUCAUCAUGUAGACGUUAACAUUGCUGUACAGACUGAAGCAGGAAUGAUGACUCCAGUUAUCUUCAGCGCUGACACAAAGGGGAUUAGUUCAAUUAAUCAAGAAGCCAAGGAGCUAGCAGAGAGAGCUGUUGAAGGAACUCUUAAUCCUCAGGAAUAUCAAGCUGGUACCAUCACAGUAUCUGACCUUAGUAGUCUCGGGGUCAAACAAUUUGCCACUAUCAUCAAUCCAACGCAGUCAUGCGCAGUAGCUGUUGGUGCCCUGCAGAAUGUCAUGGUACCUGAUGAAGACACUGAUGAAGGGUACCGGGCAACAACCAUAAUGAAUGUAACACUGAGCUGUGAUCAUCGAGUUGUGGAUGGAGCCGUUGGAGCUCAGUGGCUGCAGAAAUUCAAAACGCUUCUUGAAAAACCACACACAAUGCUUCUCUAAUCAGCAAUAACCACCACCCCCUCCCCCCUCCCUCCUUAACCCACUGUAGCUGCCCCAAUUUCAGAGAGCUGCUUAAGCAGAAAAUAUUGCUUACCAAUUUCCUGCUAAGCAGAAGUGAGCACGGUAC